CGUUACCCUGCAAAUGACGUCCACGUUAUGACCGAGAAGUUUGAACUUCUGAUGAUGAUGAUCAGAAAAUGCCUAAGUAUGGAACCUUGUCUCAGUUUGCGAUCUGGACAGCAAUUGACCCAAAUGACUAUUUAGUUUACGGUCUGGAUGUCCAACGUCUGGUUUGGAGGUCAACCUGGACAAGUAUCAUUUUUAUGGAAGAGAAGGCAAAGAGCUGCCUUCUCUUCGAGUUGGAAAUACCGGACUUUGAAAAUUCACCUAGACGCGUCAAAUCAACGCGCUUUGGUGCAAGUUUGGUGGUAGAUCCUUCUCAUACCCGGCUACGUCUCAGCAAUCUCAGCCCAGAAAAUUCUGGCUCAUAUGUAUCAGCGACGGACAUAACAUCAGACGUUGCCGGCUCCGCCACCAUGCGGCACCAUCCUCUUCAGCCAUCAGGUACCCCCGAGUUUGGCAUCGUUGCCAAAAUGGUUCAGGGAGACGAUGUCAGCAUAUACUUACUCCAGCAUCUAAUAACAGAGCUGGUCAUCCAGCCUCUCUUGCGCCUUCCGCUCGUUCAUUUUUUGCCGGUCAUUGUGAAGCUGUUCUAUCAUGGUGCUAACCCUAAUUUAACUCAGAUGAAGCAGAUAAGCCUAUCUGCAUCGGACGCCAUCACAGAUAUCAUGAUGGAGUAUCUAUAUCAUCACGGAUUCACGGGACCAACAGUGAUUGAGUUUGUCCCCUGGACUACUACUGCAGUGUCUUAUGAUCCUAACGUGUGGUGGACGAAUGGAUAAAAUUGCGCUUCAUAC